ACAACCUGCACUACCCCCGAGGGAGGUGUACGCGUUCAAUCAGCUUGCUAUGUCCUGCGACGUGAGGUCGUUCUACCACAACAAAAAUGUACUCUUGACGGGCGGUACGGGAUUUCUAGGCAAAAUGAUCAUAGAAAAAUUGCUACGGACAUGUGAGGUCGAGGGGAUAUAUUUGAUCGUAAGGCCCAAGAAGGGGUUGACUCCGGAGGAGAGACUCAAAAACCUCUUCGAUGAACCGGUUCUAAAUAAAAUUCGCGAGAAUAAAUCGAAGUAUUUCAAAAAACUCCAUACCCUCGAAGGCAAUUUGACGAAAAAGGAAUUGGGACUUAACGAAGAAGACAAAGAAAUCAUUAGAAACAAGAUUAAUAUUGUAUUUCAUUGCGGCGCAUCGUUGAACAUGGACUCGAUAUUGGGCGAUGCGAUCAAAACUAACGUUAGAGGAACAUCGGAAUUGCUGGAUCUUAUCAAAAAUAAUCAAAACAUCAAUGCUUUCGUUCAAAUAUCGACGGCUUACUCCAACUGUUACGAACGUGCCAUUAACGAAAAAUUUUACGAUCCUCCCGUUAAUCCUGAAUUUCUCAUUAAGAUGAGCGACGAGCUGGAUUCGAAUAUUUUAAACGAAAUCAGCAAGGGACUUAUAGGAAAGUGGCCUAAUAGUUACGUAUUUUCAAAAGCAGUGGCUGAAAAUCUCCUUUUAACGAAAGGUAAAAACUUACCGGUUGGGCUUUUUCGACCAGCGAUUGUCACUUCUACGGUAUCCGAACCGCUUCCCGGUUGGUCGGAUAAUUUGUAUGGUCCUUUGGGUAUAAUCCUAUCUUCUUAUUGCGGAAUCCUGCGCGUCGUUCGAGCUAAUGGUAACUUAAAGUCUCAUACAGUGCCUGGUGAUAUGUGCAUUAACGCCAUUAUUUGUUUUGCCUGGGAUAUAUCAAACAAAUGGAAAAGCUCGAACGAAAACUACCUUCCUCCAGUUAUGAACUACUCCGCUAAAAAUACUAAAUUAUUGUUGUCAGUUAAUGAUUAUCUCAACAUGGUCAACAAAACUGAUUUUCCUCCGUUCAAAAAGGCAAUGUGGUAUCAAGUUUUGUUCUUAAUCGAAAACAAAUUCUGUUAUAUUACCCUAAAAUUCUUAUUGCAUACAAUUCCUUCUUAUUUGGUGGAUUCGUUACUGAUUAUGUCAGCAAGGAAGACGAGAACGAAAAAUAUUUACAUGAAAAUAGAAAGAACAUCAGAUAUCCUCUGUUACUUCCUAUUGAGGGAAUGGGAGAUAAACAAUGACAAUGUGGCAAAGUUAUGGGAAAAAUUGAACGAAAACGACCAAGCGAUUUUCAAUUUCGAUAUAAAUUCGAUUGAUUUGAACGCUUAUUUUAAAGAUAUGCUUACAGGUAUGAAAAAGUUCAUUUUGAAGGAAGAUAUGGCGAAAUCGAAGCUACACAAACAAAGGUAUAAAAGAUUAACGUUAUUGCACUACUCUCUUAAAUACUCUCUAAUCGGUUUGUCAAUGAUACCGAUAUACAGAAGCAUAUCAAAAUUGAUUUUUCAGAAGAAACGUUAGCCAAAUUCGAAUUUUCUUUAGAAAGUAAUAAUGUACAGUAUUAAGAUUAAUUGUAGGAACAUUCUUUUAUAAAUUUUUAGCAAUACAAUUUUGUAAUUGAACAAUUCGGAAAACCUGAUGGAAGAUAAAAUUUUCGUAUAAAAUUGUUUUUGAAAUAAGUACAAUUUAUUAAUACUGUCUUUAGGUCCUAUUACAAUUUUUAGAUAAUAAAUUAAGUUUCAAAAUUACAAACAGCAACUGUAAAUUAAUUUAAAUAUUUUUAAUCUUAAAGUACCUAAUCAAUACUGACGUUUUUUAUCACAUAAAACACAAAUUGUAAUAACUAAUACAAAUCUAAAUAUUUUUAAUGGCUAUUAUUAACCCAAAUUCUUUUACAACAAAACAAUUUAUCUACGAAGCAUGAAAGCAUUUUCUACAGAGAAAUAAAAUUUAAUCAACAAGUAAUCGUAAGUAUGGCGUUUUUAGCUUUGAUCUUCAUCUUCUUUAACUCCUGGAAGGUCAUUUCGGUGCUAUAGAAGUUUUCGUUUCUAUUCAAAAAGAGCGGCUGCUUAAGUUUACCUUCUUUGAACUUCAAUUCGCAAAAGAAAACUCUCUCUUUCGGCCCGCAGAAUUGGGCUUCCCAUACUACGGAGUCCUCGAGGUAUCUGGCAAUACAGUGGAAUAUGCCCUUCUCUUCGUUGACUAAAAAGGCUUCGGGAAUAUUUUGAAACACAACGAUGAAAGAGGAAUCGAGCAUUUUCGUAGCCCCGUGGAUAAUUUUUAGAUGCUUCACUGUGUGCUUAUACUGCCCUUCGAAGAAACAACCUGCUACAGGGCAAGUGUAAUCACAAAACGUGCAUGUUUUUAUGUGGUUUGCUAAUUCGCUGUAUAUCAAUUUUUCAGGACAGCCGUUCUUCUUGUACUUGCAUGGCACUAGAAACUUAUUGAAUUUUUCUUCCAGAUGAUAGUUGCGUUCGAAAGUUACUUUUUCCAAGCAUAAUCUGCAAACGGAAUUCUGGCACCCGGAGCAGAAACUGUGACCGCAAGGACAGAGGAAUAUUGGAGGAGAAAGAGUUAUGCCGCAAUCUGUGCAGUUGGAAUCGUUGACAUCUUCUGUGAUAGCCCCUAAGCUGACUGUACUUUUAGCCCUUUUUAAGUGUCUCCGUUUUAUUUCCUCUAGACUAAUGGUUUUAGAUCUCGUGAGUGAGCUUUCCGUUGUUUUUACAACAAUCGUACUCGAAUGUUCUCUUAAACUGUAUUUUCGGCUUACGUCAGGUACAGAGUGCUGAAUUGAAACCUCAUGAUUAUUGACAUAUUCGCCAAAAAUAUCUUCAGUUUCUUGCAGUCGAUCUUUAUUAAUGUUUAAAGUGCAACUCACAUAGUUAAUUUCACUAGGGAUUCCACAUAAAUCGACAAUAAUACUCCCGUUUUCGAUUGCAGUUAUGUUCAAAGAUUGGUUCAAACCGGAACAGAAUCUUAGCAAAAUAUUAUAAGUUAUUUUCUUCGCUAUUGUUUGGGGACCUAAGUACCGCAAUUUUAUUUCCAAUUUGUUGUCUGCUACGGUUAUUUGUGUUAAGUAUAUUUCUUCGUCAAUGAACAUAAGUCUAUUUUCCGAAGGGGUCAGUAGAUCUAUGCCGAAGGUGUCGUUAAAGUGAAGAAGUUCAUCGUGUUCCUCUUCAAAAUGCCGGAGGAUAUCUUCUGCGGGACCUUCCCAGGAACACGUGUAUUUUUUAUCUGAAGGGCACAGAUAAACCAACAUUUCUGAAAUA